AUGGCGUCAGGACUCAUCUUCAACCCACAAAUCCUCCUCCAAACAAUCCCACUAGCAACAAGCACCGGAACCCUCGCACACGCGAUACUAGAACACAUUACAUUCAAUGCCUUCCUAACACCAUCAAUCCGCCAACCCUCAGACACAAUCCUCCCAACCUGGUUUGAGCGAGUCUUCAAACGAAGCGUAUGGACCGUUCUCGCAUUAAAUAUGAGCACGAUCUCCUCGGCUGCUGCAACGCUAUUCAUGAAUAGAUAUCGUCCCUCUCAGAGUCGCCCAUUGCAGACUACUUUCUUUUACUGGGUUGGUCUUGUGGGUGCUAUUGGGCACCUCGCUUUUGUGCCUUUUGUCGCCGGGCCGGUGCAGAGGAUCUUUGAGGAUUCUGCCGUGAAGGAGGAUCAGGGGGAGAGUGGGGUUGGUGCUACGGUUGAUAUGGAGAGGUGGUUGAGUGUUCAUCGAGUUAGGAUGGCUCUUGCCGAUUUGCCUGCUUGGAUUGCAUUUUGUGGUGCUAUUUUGACGCUGUGA